AGUUUCAAAAUGGCGAACAGGAAGCCCACUGUUUUAGUCACAGGUUUUGGUCCCUUUGGUCCUCACAAAGUUAAUUCUAGUAUGCAGGCUGUAAAGGUAUGUCAGGCACUCGCAGCAUCAGACAUAACAAAAUAUGUUAAUCUAGUCACUGAAGAGAUUCCAGUAAUAUAUGAAUAUGUUGAGAAAAAUAUACCAAACUUGUGGAAAAAGCAUCGCCCCCAGUUGUGCAUCCAUGCUGGAGUUAAUGGGUUAUCCAAGACAGUUUUACUUGAAAAAUGUGCUCACAAUGAUGGGUAUCAGAGAAUGUGUGAUGUUGACCAGAAAUUCCAUAAAACAAACCAUUGCAUUCCAGGUGCACCUAAUGUGAUGCAUACAGAUGUGGACUUGGAAGCCAUUUGUGCCAAAGCAAGACAAGUUGGCAGUCCAUGUGAAAUCUGCUUGUCUGAUGAUGCUGGAAGGUAUCUAUGUGACUUCACAUACUACACAUCACUUUACCAUGGAGAUAGUCCAACAGUCUUUAUUCACCUUCCACCCAUGGAGGGUCCUUAUACAGUUCAAGAAAUGGAAGAAACACUUCGAAUUUUAAUUCUUACAAUAUUGGAUGAACUGAGAAACUGCAAGCACUCUAGAAAAUCAAAUCGAAAGCUAUAAUGAAUUCAAAAACUAUUCUUUAUUCAGAAGACCGUGUGACAAUUUUUAUCAUAAUUUUUACGGAUUUCUUUAGAGGUAGUUAUAAUGAAUUUUCUUUCAAUAUUCUUGCUAGUACAGCAUGUUACAAGCAAGCACUGUCCUUGAAAAAGUAUGAAAAAAUCAAGCCAUUCACAUUUCUUUUUUUUAUUUUGUAAAUGAAAUAAAAAAGAAAUGCCCUAUAAAAUGGGGCAGUAGGUACUAAGAAAAAAAGCUUAAACUUUUCUUCAAAUGCAUGAAAGAUCUUAGAAUGAGUAUUGAAAGACACCAUCACAAGAAUAGAGUACACUAGAAAAUAUGUCAAGCACGCAGUGGCUCGAAAAAUUGCCAUUAUUUGUAUUUUAACAAAAACUCACUGUAUGAAUUAUUAUAUCAACAACUGCACCAAAUUAAUGAACUUUGCCAAUCCAUGUGUACAUAAAUAAUUUGUUUUUAAAUUAUACAUUAUCAGAUUAGAAAAUAACACAAACAGCAAUAAUAAUUAAAUCAAAUCACAGUAAUUGUAAAGUCUAUAAAUCUAUAGUUUAUAUUUAAAAGUCAUCACUCCUUGUAUAUGUAACAUGUACUACCACUACAUUCACUGUUUUUGACAGUUCGAUUCAAGUUCAAAUCCCUUGCUUUUGGAAUAAGGAAAGCUUAGAAAUAUAAAUGUACAUGUCUAGAUAUAUGGUAGCCUCCUGCUGGUAAAAUAUAAAAACCUGGUUCAUAUAGACCAAUUUCAAAACUCGCACCGAUGUGAGGCUUAAGUUGUGAACAAAGGGAUCUGGCGUGACUCAAAGUAAGCUGGCGUGAUUCAAAAGUCACGAAUCACGCCAGAUUCCUUUGUUCACAACUUAAGCCUCACAUCGGUAUGAGUUUUAAAUUUGGUCUAUGAGCAACUCCAGCACAACACAAGCAAUGAUCACACAUGAAAUGCAAAUAAAAUGCAACCAAAUUAAAAUA